AUGUUUCUCGAGUCCUGCUGUAUCGCCGAUGUCCGCGACCCUUCGCUGGGACGACCUCUGAGCUUGUCCGAGCGCUUCGGGUACAUCACCAUCAUCGCUAGACAGGCGCACGCCAUCACCUAUCUCUACCGCUACUCGCGCGCCGACUUGCCGACCAUAGAAAGUCUUUCUCCCAGUGUCGACCGGGCACAGCGAGACAUCCAUCAUCUCUGGGCAGAGGUCGUUGACGGCGAGACGCCCCAGCCUGCCUUCCGGCUCCGGCCACAAGGACCGUGGGCUGCUCUAGAGCUCGUGCGAGACGAUACGUACGCCGAAGAGGAGGACGGGGUUGGGGGAAGGAUCAGCGUGGAGUCUAGGCUGCUAGAGUCGGAGAUCCGCCGGAUGCAAGGCAGGGCAGGCAAGGGCGGGCCAGCAUGGCAGAUCACACGGUACCUCCCUACGUUUACCGCACGCGGCCACGAAGCACAUGCUUUGACGAAAGGCGGGUCAUCCGGCCCCGUCGACAAUACCGCAGCUUUCAGCUAUCUAGCGGUGUCCUUCUUCCAUCACAUUAUCGAUGGAUCAGCCGGCCUCGCCCUCUCCCUCUCCCUCUUAUCCGGCACUUCUCUCGUUCCCGCGCAUGGACUCGCACCACGCUUGGAAGACCUCGUGCGGCUCACCCCCUCCGUCCCCUAUCUCAUAAAGGAGGCGUAUCACGAGCUCCUCAUUCCCACACUCCCCGCCUUCAUGCGCAGAAAAUUGGAGGGCGCUCGCUGCUGGCCGGGCGAAGACGUCAAGGGGAAUCCGGCCAUCUUCCCCGAGGCUCAGGAGACCUUCCACCUUCCCUCGGCUUGGAUAGCGGCGGUCAAACGGGUCGGCAAGGCGCAUGGGGUCCAUACCGUUCAUCCUAUCGUCGAGGCGGCAUUCGUGUCUGCUCUACGGGAGGUAACAGGCACGUCGAUGCUUAUCGAUGCCUGUACGCCCGUAAAUGACCGCGACGCAGCGAAUCCGGCCACUCCGCGCACCGCGGGCGUGAUGUUCUCUGCUCUCAACAAGGUCUACGCCCCUUCCCUCUUUGCGGCCAGUUCUACCGCCACGAUCUCGAAUGCACCAGCUUUCUGGGCUAUGGCACGGGAUACUGCACAGCACCACCUCUCACCCUCAGCUCGUAAGCAGGGUCGAUACCAUAUCGGCGUCCUUGGCCUCGUCCCCAACCCCAAAUCCUUCUCCUCUCCGCAUACCGACAAUCCUCUGCGGCGCACCAAGACGGGUUGGGAGGACUUCUUCUGGUCUUCGUUGGAACGGCCCGCUCCCUACCGAGACUCCCUCGUUGUGUCCAACCUCGGUCGGAUCGAGCGGCUGCCGCCGGGGUGCAGCGGGAUGAGGUGGACGCAGAGCGCGGCGCCGUUCAUCUCGCCGCUAUGCCUGCAGGUUGUAGGGCAUGAGGCGGGUCUGGAGAUAUGCGCGGCGUUCAGGGAGGGGUGCGCGGUAUCUAGAGAGGAGGUGCGGGGGAUCUUGAAGAGAUUUGAGGAGAUCAUAGCGGAUUUGAUCGAGGAGGACAACGAUUAG